AAAUUUUUUAAAAUAUUUUUAGAGGAAAUGAAACGUUUUAAUCAACAGCCAACUACCCCAACAACAUCAAACCCAAUUCCAAUUAAAAGAAAAAUACAGCCGGUGUUUCUGGGAGGAAUUGGGGGAAGUGGAAUGACUGAAAAUAGUCCCAGCAAUCCUCUGUUCAAUUCUCAAUUAAAUAUUGGAAUAAAUAAUUUAAUUAAUUCAGCAACAAAUUUAUUUGGAGCAAAUUCCCCCCAGCAGCAAUCCUCGCAGCAGUCGCAGGGACAACCGACACGUUUAUUUUUCAAUAAAAUUUCUGAACAAAAUAUAAAUAAACAAAUAAUUAAUGAACAAAAACAAGUGGAAGAAGAAAAAUCUAAAAAUAAUUUAAAUGGAAUUAAUUCAAAUGCGUCUGCUUCAGUUAGUUCAACACAACAAGCGUCGUCGGUUAAUUGUCUGUCGGUAGAAAGUCUGGAAAGAAAUGGACAGGUGGAAGAAUUGACGCCUUUACCACAACUCAAAAAAUUAAAUUCUUCUGCAGAAUUAACUCCAUUGCUUAGACCUUCAGAUUUACAAAAUGUCCCGUCUUCAGAUUCUGUUGAUAUGGCCACUCCACAAAUUCAAAAAUUUUUGUGUUUUGCUGUUCCUUUGUCCCCAACCUGUAAUAUUGACCAAAUUUUAGUCAAAAAUUCAAUAAAUACCAAAAAGACGUUAAAAUAUGCCAAAAUUCAGGCAAAAUUUGCCAGAGAAUUGAGAUGGACUCAAACAGUUGCCUCUCCAAUUCUUUUGCUUAGAGCUAACAAGGAUUUAAAAAAAUCUACACGAAUUUUGCAAACGUCUGUUGGGACUCUACUUGCACGACAUGGUGCCCCAAUUCCCUCCCUUAAAAUUGUUCGUCUCUGUCUUUCAACUAACGGUUUACCUUUAAUUGCCCUUUCAAAUGGAGAAGUUUUUCUAUUUUCUCGUUCACUCAAUUCUUGGUUGUGUAUAAUUGUUGGACAACAAAAAUGUGGGGGAGGGCUAUUUGAUACUUCUUUGUCUUCACUUUUGACAGCAAUGCAAUUUAUAGCAAAUUCUUUACCUAAUGGAUUAAUUUCUCUUUUAAUUGGGAAAUUGCAAUUAAUUAAUGAUAAAAAUAAAUUACCUGUAAAUUCUCAAUGUGAAGAAAUGGCAGCAUCAAAUGAAGAGGCACAAUUGGAAUUAUUACUUAGAGCGGCUUUUGAAUUAGAAUCACGAGAAGAAUAUCGCUUCCUAGCAGCUUUGUAUCUCCAAAAACUUGUUAAACGAGGUAAAAAAGAAAAAAUUGUCGAUUUUAUAAACGAUUUAAAAACAAAUUUGUCUUCAUUUAUUCAAACAGAAACAAUUUUGGAGGAUAUUAGGCCAUUUAUUAAUUUUAAUAAUGAAAAAGGAGAAAAUUUGGUAAAAAAUAUUUUUGAAGGAGAGGGGGAUAUAAAUAAAUUGAGAAGUGAAAAAGAAUUGGAAAGGAGUUUUUCUUGGCUUUGUUAA